AUAGACUGCACACUAAAAGAAACACAUACUUACCAGAAGUCAGAGAGAGAUGGCUAAUACUGCAGAACAAGACGCAAUGUAUCCAUCCUUUGUAGACGCAAGAAUUUCAUUCUCCAAUGAUUUUGCAGACAGUGAUCAUCUGACGCUUCAUCAGACAAUUUCAUCAAGAAAGGAUCAGAUGAAGUACAAGGAAGCUCCUGUUUCGUCUGAUUUCAAAUUCAAUGUCGAAAACUACGGUUUUAUAUCUGCGGCUGAUGAGAUCUUCUUUGGUGGAGUUUUGUUGCCAUUGGAGAAGACUCGUCAGCGAAAAGUGACCACACUUAGAGAAGAGCUAAGCGUUCAAGAUUCUGACCGUACGAACUCAAAGGGAUCUCGUAAUUGGUGGAAACUAGGUCUAAGUAAUCCCAAGAAAAUUCACUCCAAGAACAACAACAACAACUUCCACCUUCCCCACAAAUCUCAGAAUUGUCUUGCGAGUAUAUUGGAAUCUGAUGACUGAACGAUGGGCUCCUAAAACAUUUAGCUAAUUACGACGAACUAGACUUCUAAUGCUAAUGACAAAAUAAUUUAUUUCCGAUUUUUUAUUGUUCUUGUUUUUCUUUGAGUUCUCGACUUAUCUCUUAUUAUAAUGUAGUUUCCCCGUUAUUCUGACCUGUGAUCGUGACUUCAUUAUAAAUAAGCAAUUCGUAU